CCGAGUCGCCGGCCGGCCCCGCCUCCUCCCUCGAGGCACCCUCUGCCCCAGCGGAAGCCGAAGCCGAGCCGAAGCGACGGCCAUGGCGAGCGCCGCGCCGCCGCCGCCAGACGCGGAGCCGCCCGAGUGCCCGGUGUGCCUCUCCCCCUUCGACGACUCCUCCGUCGUGCCGCGCGUCCUCCCGUGCGGCCACUCCCUCUGCGGCUCCUGCAUCUCCUCCCUCCCGCCGGCCUCCGCGUCGGCCGCGGCCUCGUCCCUCCGCUGCCCGCUCUGCUCCCAGUGCGUCCCCUUCUCCCGGGCCCUCGGCCCCUCCUCCCUCCCCAAGAACCUCGCCCUCCUCUCACUCCUCCCCUCCCUCCCCAACCCUUCCCCGCCCCGCACCGCCGGCGCCGCCUCCGCGGCUCGACCCCUCCCUCUCCCGCUCCACGCCGCCCACUCGCGCCUCCUCGCCCGCUUCCGACACGCCAUCCUCCCCGAGUCCGCCUCCCCGCUACACUCCUCGCCGCCCGGCCACCCUCCCGCCGGCCUCGCGCUCGGGUCGAUCGCCUGCGACCUGGGAGCCCCCUGGUUCUGCUCGCGGGGUCACCCCGUAAGCCUCCUCCCGAUCGACGCUCCCGCCGGCGGGGCGCCGACGCAGGAGGCCGCGUUCUACCGGCCCAGCCACGCCGCGCGGGUCAUCGCCGCGAUCGACGCGCUGAGCAGCGCCGCCAGGGAGGAGAUGGUCGAUUUGGUGGCCGCCUCCACGCGACUGGCGCGGCGGGUGUGCAGGGUUUACGGCGCCUGGAUGGGCCCCGAUGCGGCAACGCUGUGGCUGGUCUCUGAACGGCACACGCCGGGAGUUCCCCCCUUGCUGAAUGACAGGAGCGACGAGCUGGAAACUGUGGCUCGGGUUGGAGCUCUUGGAAUGGAGGUGUGUGAAGCGCUCAUGGGAUUGCACGGCGAGGGGCUGGUGCUGGGUUGCCUCCGGCUGGACUGCUUCCGCCUUGAUCACUUUGGGCGCUGCCUGCUCGACUUGAAUGAGGUACUGGCCUUGUGCCGUGGAGUCCGGGCAGGGGUUUGCUUGUCCAUGGACGGUGCUUUGGUUGCUCCCGAGAUGACAGCAAUUCUGAGGGACGCCACAAGGACGAGGAGUCAUGAUUUCAAUGGCUUGAUAGGGCGUAAUUCAGAUGUUUGGUUGCUGGGUUGUAUAUUGGCGGCGCUUGUUACUGGAGAGGAGCGGCUUGCGGCGGGGUGGAAUACUGAUGGAUCAUAUGAUGAUUGGCAGAAGGAAGUGCUUGCGAGGCUUGACGCUGCAUUGGUUGGUACACAGUUAGAACCAUUGGCUGCAACUACAGCGUUAUGCCUGAGCUAUGAACCAGAAUGCCGCCCAGAGAUUGCUGAUGUUUGGAAAUGUAUCAGAGGCUCACAGAUGAAACCUGGUGCUGAUGCUUUGGCUCCUGCUGAUGAUAUUGUAGCUCAGAAAAGUUUUAGGUGUUUGCUCCUCGGGGAGUUGUCCUCAAUGUGCUCCGCCCAAGCUGUUGAGUCAGAUGAAAUAGUGCAGCCCUCUCAAGAUUCUGAUGACAAAAAUUCAACUCCAGAUGAUGAAAGCAAUUGUGGUUGCUCAAACGAUGAGUCUGUUUGCACAGCAGGAACAGAUGAGCCACAGCGUAAUGGAGUGUUUAAAUCUUCAACUCUGCUUGCUCACCGUGACUGCGUCACAGGAUUAGCCAUUGGAGGGGGAUUUUUGUUUAGUUCUUCCUACGACAAAACAAUCAAUGUAUGGUCACUGCAGGACUUCUCUCAUGUGCAGACUUUAAAGGGCCAUGAGCACAAAAUCACAGCAAUUGUUGUUGUUGACAAUGAUAACCAGUCUCUUUGUAUAAGUGGAGACAGUGGCAGUGGAAUUUUUGUCUGGCGUGUUGGUACCUCUCUCAAGCAAGAACCAUUAAAUAAAUGGUAUGAAACUAAUGAUUGGAUCUACCGGGGUGUCCACUGCUUGGCUGUGUCUGGAACUGGUUAUCUUUAUACUGGCAGUAGAGACAAAUCUAUUAAAGCUUGGUCUCUGGAGGAUUAUUCACUUGGAUGCACUAUGACAGGCCACAAGUCAACCGUGUCUUGCCUUGCAGUUGCUAGCGGUAUUCUUUACAGUGGAAGUUGGGAUGGUAGUAUCCGAUCAUGGUGGCUUACUGAUCACAGCCCGUUGUCUGUACUUGAAGAUGAUGCACCGGGAAGCAUAGCCCCUGUGUUGUCAAUUUCAACAGAAGCUAAUUUUGUUGUUUCAUCAUAUGAAAAUGGCUGUUUGAAGAUUUGGAAGGAUGAUGUCCUCGUUAAGUCAGAGAAACUUCAAAAUGCUUCUAUUUACGCUGUUAAAUUGAACGGUAAAUGGCUAUAUACCGGUGGAUUGAAUAAAGCCAUAAAUAUUCAGGAGUUAUUAGAAGACGAGUCAGAGUUGGAAAUCAGAGAUGUCGCUUCCAUCUCUUGUGAUUCAAUUGUAACUUCAAUAUUGUACUGGAAUGAAAAGCUGAUAGUAGGACUCUCUAACAGGGAAAUUAAGGUUUACGACAAGGGUUCUUAGACCAAAUCAGGAGUCGCUUACCAUUUGUUACUCCAUGGCCCUAUAUAUAUUGUGAAUAGCUCACUCUACAGCGAGCGUGAUGAAGAAAUACACAUGGAAACAUAACUUAUCACCAUUCUGAUGAACUAUGAUACACCUGUAUGGUAAAAGUUUGAAGGGAAAUGCAAGCUAGAUUAGGUAUUUGUAACUUAAACAAUUAGCCGCUAUAGGCAUAAUUAUCUGUUAUAAUCCGCUAUAGGCAGGGCAUAGUGUUUGGGUGUGCUACUUUCUAAAAUUGCUAAAGAUUAUGGGUUGAAUUUUAAGUGAUUAAGUCUGAGCUUGGAUGCUAUAUGGGUUGAAAUUUUAAGUGACUAUGUCCGUGUGCCCAA